AAUUUAUUAGUCAGUCUGCGAUUUCAUACGUUUAAUCAUGUCCUCCGUCGAGUUAAGUGCCAGUCAAAAAAAACUUAUUAAAAACGCAGUGGAGAAAAAUGGAAUUUCCAAUGCUACCAUUACCGCGGACGUUGGAUCAAUCAAAGGUGAUAAUUAUUUGGGAAUCAUACAUACGGUGAUUGCAAGAGCAGAUAAAGGUGAUGAAGGUUUACAUUUUAUUCUUAAAAGUGCCCCUAGUAAUGAACAUUUCAGAAAACGGGCUAAAAUUAACAAACUAUUCAAGCAUGAAGCUUAUUUAUACGAAACAGCCAUUGGUAGUAUACAAGAAUUCCAACAAAAAUUUAAUUUAAAACAACCUUUUACUGGGGCUGCUAAAUAUUAUGGAUGCAUCCUAGAAGAUGGUAAUGAAUCAAUACUUAUGGAAAACCUUAAAGAGUACGGCUACAACUUAUGGGAAAGAACAAAACCAAUGGAUGAUGCCCAUAUUACUGCGGUGUUUACUGAAUAUGCCAGAUUUCAUGCAGCCUCAAUGGCAUUUAGGCAUAAGGAACCAGAAAAAUUUAAUAACAUUACAAAAGAAAUAGAUACAAUACCAGCUCAAGCAAAGGAAUAUGAGAAUACUACCCAAUUUCUUAAAGAAUUUAUAGGUGCCUGUUUUACUGCUGGAUCUGGAGCAGUUGCAGGUAAUGAAAAAGCAACAAAAGCAUUGGAAAGAUUGAAAGAAAUUAUUAUAGAUGUUUUUGAAGCUUGCCAAAAAGUAAAGCAGGAAACUGUUGUGAUAUUACAUGGAGAUUGUUGGUGUAAUAAUAUAUUAUUUAAAUAUAAGGAUGAAACUAAGACUAAACCCUCCAAGGUCUGCUUCAUUGACUGGCAACUAUCGAGGCUCGGAUCCCCAAUUAUAGAUCUCGCAUACUUUUUCUUCUGUGCAACUUCCAAAGAAACCCUCCCAAACCUGAACCAGUAUCUAAAAACAUACCAUGACACCUUAUCGGAAUACCUACGGGACUGCGAUUGUGAUCCAGAAGAAAUCUACAGUUUUAACAGCUUUAUGAAGGACUGGAAGAAGCUUUGCAUGCGUGGGAUAUGUGUGUCUUUAAUCAUGAUCAAAGUAAUGCUGUCCGAUUCUGAGGAGGCUCCGGAUUUGACUAAGGAAAAUGGUGGAAGCUUUCUGCAAGCCUUGACUAAUUUUGAUACGGCCAAGGAACCUGCAUAUAAAAAGCGUGUUUGUGAUAUACUUGAGUUUAUGACUGACAAUGGAUACUUCUAAAAGAAUUAUUUUGUUCAUAGUAGAUUUAUUUAUUUAUUGUAUAGUUAGUCAAAGUUUUUUAAUGAGCCACUGGAGUACAGAUCCUACUUCAUUAGGAUUCUAUUUUCUUCUUGGAUGAUCCAGGUUUAAAGAUUGUUUAAUAUGUGUAUAUAUUUUAGUAUGUGAUAAGUCUUGUGACUGUCUCUUAUCAGUAAUCACAUCCAGCCAAAGGAAAAAAAGACGUAGAAGAAAACACAUUAAAUUAUGAUUGGGUUGGGUUUGGUUGCAUUCAGACCAUGAUCCUAAUAUUGUUUUUAAUUUUUUGUUUUCAAAGACCAUUGCUUAGGAAGUUAAUGAAACACUGGUGAAGGUUAUUUGAUUCAAAACAAUUUUUCGAAAAGAAAUGUGAUUCCAAGCAGAUGUUAAACCCAGCAUUUAAAACUGAACUAAGCUCAUAUUUAGAUACGUGUAAAAAAAUAAAUCUUGACCAAUGGGAAGCCAGUAUUGUGAUUUUUUAAAAUUUUUAGUUACUUAUAUUGAAUUUUAGAUUUAAAAUUGUAUAUAAUAUGUCGAUAUUUCCAAACAAAAAAACUGUUGUAAAAAUUGGCAUAAGUUUUUUAUUUCGAUAUUUCCAUCUAUUAUCUGGAAAUAUCCACUUCAUCUUAUUUUUAGGUCAUAUCUGAAAGGUUUGCUUAUUAUUCACAUAUCUCUCUUAAUAUAGAGAGAUUCUAGAAAAAAAUAAAAUUCCAGAUAGUAAGUAAUUGGAAAUUUCGAGAUAGUAAGUGGGUGUUUCCCAAUAAAAAACAAAAACCUGUACUUACUACCCACGCAUUUUCAUUUAGCUGCAAAUUGUGAGUUAAUAUAAUAAAAUGUUCACCUAUUAUCUGAAAUUGUCUACUUGUUACUUCUAAAUAUUCUAGUUAACUCUACUCUACUUCAUUUAUAAUAUUGCCAGUGUCCAGAAACUAAGACUUAUUACCUGAAAUUUUUAAUUUUUACUGGAAAUCUUCGCGCAGUAGCAAUUUUUAAUUUUGGCAACAGUUAAUGGAAAUAUCCACAUAAUAUCCAGAAGUAGACCUUAGAGGAUUCAGUCUUGGUUUCAUCCUUAGGAUAGAGAAAUAUAAUAUGUAAAUAUCAGUACAUUAAAGAAAAUUCUAUAUUA